AUGGUCCUAGCAGACAAUCUGAUCGAGGCAAGCUCCAGCGUCAGUUGCAUGCUGUUCUUCUCUGGCAUCCUGAGGCGUGUGGCGGUGAAAGUUUCCAAGGUCUGCAACGAUCUACGCCUGCUUGCGUCAGGACCCCGCUGUGGCCUGGGCGAGGUCAAUCUGCCGCCCAUGGCCCCCGGCUCUUCCAUCAUGCCGGGCAAAGUCAACCCAGUGAUUCCAAAGGUACUGAACAUGUGCUGCUUCGACACGAUUGGGAGCGACAUCACCGUCUGCUGCGGCGCCGAGGCUGGGCAGCUGGAGCUCAACGUGAUGGAACCGGUGAUCAUCUACAAGCUUUUCACCUCGGUCCUUGUGCUGACCCGAGGUAUGAACAUCUUGCGCGGACGGUGCGUAUCUGGCAUUACGGCGAAUCGCGAGCGCUGCCACGAGAUGGUGCACAGCAGCAUCGGGAUCGUCACUGCUCUAUUGCCCCACAUCGGCUACAAGAAGUGCACAGAGGCAGCAGCUAAGGCUCUCAAGGAGAAGAGGCCUGUCGCGGAUAUCGUUGUGGAGUUGGGUUACCUUGACAAAGCCAAGGUAGAGGAGCACCUUCAGCUAGAGAUUAUGUGCGGGCCCCCAGCGAAGAAGCGGAAGACGUAA